AUGCAAGAUACGCUGUGCAUUCCCGGACCCAAACCCCUGCCCAUAGUGGGAAAUCUCUUCGACAUCGACCUAGAUCAUGGUCUUCAGUCCAUUAUCAAAAUGGCCGAUGACUUUGGUCCCCUCUUCCAAAUCACUAUCAAUGGCCAGAAGCAGAUAUUUGCAACCAGCCAGGCCCUGGUGGAUGAGCUGUGCGACGAAGCCCGAUUUCAUAAAGCCGUCAUCGGGGGUGUCCAAAAGUUACGAAUGCUGGCCAACGAUGGUCUUUUCACAGCCUAUCAUGGAGAGCGCGGCUGGGGGAUUGCCCAUCGGAUUCUAAUGCCUGCCUUCGGCCCACUACGGAUUCGGGACAUGUUUGAGGAUAUGAGCGAUAUUGCCCAGCAAUUGUGCUUCAAAUGGGCUCGUCAGGGGAGUACGACCAGUAUCAACAUUACCGAUGACUUUACGCGUCUCACAUUAGACACCAUUGCACUCUGUACGAUGGGCUUUCGCCUGAAUAGCUUUUACAAUAACGAGUCUAUGCACCCGUUCGUGGAAUCUAUGCUGUACGUGCUGAAGGAAGCCGACCUCCAGUCCACGCUCCCCGAGAUCGCAAACUCUUUGCGCGUCAAGUCGCAGCGGCGCAUGUCUCAAAACAUUGAAUCGAUGAGGGAGAUGGCACGGAAGAUCAUCAACGAUCGCAGAGGCAAAACCGAAUCGGUUGAUGACCUCCUGAACACACUGCUGAACGGACGAGACCCAGUCACCGGUGAAGGCAUGAGCGAUGACUUGAUCAUCAGCAAUAUUAUCACCUUUCUGAUUGCGGGACAUGAGACUACCUCCGGCUUGCUCUCAUUUACAGUAUACUAUUUGCUGCAACACCCGCAGGUCUUGGAGCGGGCCCGAAAUGAAGUCGAUGAGAUUGCUGGCGUGAACCAGAUCACGGUUGAGCAUCUUGCAAAUCUUCCUUAUAUCGACGCCAUUUUGAAAGAGAGCCUGCGAAUGAUGCCUACCGCUCCUGGUUUUACUGUCACCCCGAAGAAGCCAGAGGUCGUUGGCGGGAAAUGGAUGAUCAAUCCAGGCGAGCCUGUCAACUUACUGCUACCUGUCUGUUUGCAAGACCAGACUGUAUUCGGGUCUGAUGCGGGCGAGUUUCGACCAGAACGCAUGUUGAAAGAAAACUUUUCAAAACUCCCACCCAACGCAUGGAAGCCCUUUGGUAAUGGCGAGCGCGGUUGUAUUGGUAGAGCAUUUGCCUGGCAGGAAGCCCAACUGGUGAUUGCUUUAGUCCUUCAAACAUUCGACUUGGUGGCAGACAAUCCGGUUUAUGAGCUGCGCAUCAAAGAAACCCUUACCAUCAAGCCUGAUGGCUUCAAUGUCCGAGCCACUUUGCGACGUGGCCAGAAUGCUACAGGGCUAUCCCAAAGGCGUAUGUCGGUGGGCACUACUGUAAGCAUGUCAUCAUCUUCUAGUAACGUCAGAAAGGAGAACGGAGACUGCCAGGAGGUAGCAGGAGGGCAGCCAAUCUCUUUCUUCUACGGCUCCAAUAGCGGAACAUGCAAAGCUCUUGCUCACCAGUUGGCAUCGACCGCGAUAGCCCGCGGCUUUACCAAGCAGAAGCUCGCUCUUCUUGACACUGCUGUUGACAACUUACCGAGAAAUGAACCGGUGGUGAUCGUAACCACUACCUACGACGGGCAACCCACGGAUGAUGCAAAGCAGUUUGUCGCCUGGCUUGAAAGUGGCAAUGUCCCGUCGCUCCAUGGCGUCUCGUAUGCAGUCUUUGGAUGCGGCCACCAAGACUGGGCCAAAACCUUUUAUCGGAUCCCGAUCUUGAUCGAUGACCUGAUGCAAAAGGCCGGAGCAACACGUCUCGCAAAGCGAGGCGCAGCCAACGCCGCUGUCAGCAAUAUCUUCUCGGAUCUCGAAGCAUGGGAAGAGGCUAGCUUGCUACCCGCGCUCCACCAAAAGUUUCUCCAGUCCAGCAGCAACAACAUCAGACCACUGGAUCCGUGUCAGCUUCAAAUCAGCCUCAGUAAGCCAGCGAGGGUGGGCAUGCACCAAGGUCUCGUCGAGGCCAAGGUGACCGCUGUCCGGGUCCUAACCAGCCCUAGAAUUCCCGAAAAACGACAUGUGGAAUUCUAUAUUCCAGGAGAAGUCACCCUACGCCCAGGAGAUCAUCUCAAUGUCCUCCCGGUCAAUCCGCCCGACACGGUCUCCAGAGUUCUAGCCCAAUUUCACCUCGCACCGGAUCACAGCAUCACUAUUAAGUCGUUCAAUGCCCUUGGAUUACCUCACGCCAAGCCUGUGUCGGUGACCGAACUAUUCAGCUCCUAUUUGGAGCUAUCCCAACCGGCAACGCGGAAUAAUUUGAAAGCACUAGCCUCAUUCACACCGUCAGUUGGAGAUAAACAAGAGCUGCUCCAUUUCCAUGAGUCUUACGACUCGCUCUUCCAAGAUAAACGCAUCUCGGUAUUGAAUCUACUGGAAAAGUUCCCCUCUAUCUCAUUGCCCAUCGCAUCAUUUAUCUCUAUGCUUCCAUCUUUGCGUGUUCGCACGUACUCCAUCUCCACGGCUCCGUCAUUCAAGCCCUAUCAUUGUUCGCUCACCUUCUCCGUUGUCAACGAGCCAGCAUGGAGCGGCAGUGGCCAGCAUCUGGGAGUCGGAUCAAACCAUCUUGCCUCGCUCACGGUAGGGUCCAUUAUAUACAUAUCGCCACGACAAGCGAAAGAAAGUUUCCAUCUGCCGGAAGACCAGUCAAAAACUCCGAUUAUCAUGAUAUGCGCCGGGAGCGGCCUAGCCCCCUUCCGCAGCUUCAUCCAAGACCGAAUGGUCUGGUUGCGACAAGGAAAACCGCUCGCAGAGGCGCUCUUGUUCUUUGGAUGUCGUGGUUUCCAAAUGGAUGAUCUUUACAGCGAGGAGUUAGCCGAGUUUGAAUCUGCGGGCGUGGUCCAGGUUCGGAGCGCGUACAGCAAGGCUCCGGAUCACAACCGGGCCAAAGGAUGUCGGUAUGUGCAACACCGACUGGUUGCGGAAAUUGAAGCUAUCCAGAAUGUGUGGGCUCGGAAUGCUAUAGUCUAUGUCUGCGGGUCUGGGAAAAUGGCCACGGAGGUCAGGGCUGCGUUAGAGAAUAUGCUGGGGAACUUGCCUGAGGAGCGAUAUGUUGCGGAGAUCUUUUAG